AUGACGACGAUCGAUGAAGGUCACUUCAAGGAAGUAGAAGAGCAACGAUUCGAUAUGGAAGACGAAGAGAGCGAUAAGCAGGAGCUCGCCAGUCUACUUCCUUCGCCGGUCGCACAUUCAGAAUUCCUCUUGGCAGAAGAAGCAGGGGAACCCACCUCGAGCCUCUAUCAAUCCAUCGGCGGUCAUGGCCCCUAUAGUGCGUCCGGCCAGAGGAACGGUGUGCCUACUGACGAAGGAUCUAUCACCUUGGAACAACUCGCGCGCGACAAUGGCUAUACGCUCCCGAACCACCAACUGGCUUGUUCUGGCUCAAUCAAGUCCACCCCCUCCGCCCAAGCUGUAGCCUCAGAUCUCAAGGGUGCUGCUUGUGAAGUGAAAUUGCUGGGAAGUUGGGUUAAUACCGCAUCCUUUCCACUAUACGUGUCCAGCAUUGGUGUCGCUAUUCAGACCUUCGUCGUCGCAAGCCUGAGCGACGCGGCAGACGAUCCAAUCAUGCGCAAGUUGCUCUUGAUUUUCUCUACGGGCAUCGGGAGUCUCGCGGGGAUGAUGUUUCUCUUCUUGGACAGUUCAUCUUCUAUGUGGUCGUUGAGUGCUCUCUGGGCCAUCGUGGCAGGCGUUGGGCUCGGUGCCUGUGGAGUUUGUUUGAACAGCUUUAUACCCAUUCUCGCCAAAACCACGCCCAAAGUCCUGGAGGCUAAAAAAGAGCUUAUCCAUUCCCGUUCAUCAACAUCUGGUGAAGAUGAACAUUACAAGACUUUGAUAUCAACGGCCACCGCCAAUAUUUCAUCCAACGGUGUCGCGCUCGGUGGCACUUCGGGCAUCAUCGCCUUAUGUCUUGCUUUGAUUUAUGUGAUUUCCCAUGGCGGCAAUACUGAUAGUCUGCGGGGAGCAAUCGGCUUCAGCGGGAUAUGGUGGGCGUUGUUCGGCAUCCCUUCCGUUUUUUUGCUACCUCCAAGGCGGUCGUUGAGUUCGGUGAAGAUUGUCAACCCUUUCAAUCCUGCAAAGAGUUUUCGUGGCUACCUGAGUAUGCUUCGUGAAUACAAAAAACUGAAAAACACGAUUAGAUUCUUGAUGGCUUGGUUCCUUCUAAGUGAUGCGUUCUCGACUUUGGGAUCCACGGCGAUUCUGUUUGCGAAGACGAAUUUAGGGAUGUCAUCCUCACACGUAAUCUUGCUCGGACUUAUCGUCCCUACGACUGGAAUCGGCGGUGCUCUGAUUGCGCCGAGAAUCCAGCAGAAGCUCAAGUAUUGUUCAGGCUUGAAUGGUAGCCUGAAUAUGUUCAAAAUCCUAAUCGCCUCUAAUUGUUUUGUCCCGGUCUACGUUUCCAUCUCUGUUGUUUCUGGGAUACCUGUUCUGACCACUGAGUUGGAAAUGUUUGUACUGGCUGGUAUCUAUGGAUUCUUUCACGGUGCUUUCAGUUCGUAUGCCAGAUCGGUAUAUGGUGAAUUGAUCCCCCCAGGACAUGAAGCUAAAUGGUUUGCGCUCUUUAGCAUCACCGACAAAUCUUCCAGUUUCUUCGGCCCAUUGGUCGUUGGAGUCAUAGCCGAUAUCAUGGUUGUUGAGCAGUCAAGAGAGGACCCGUCAUUUCCUCUCCUCCCCAAGAAGCCGCCAUCCAUGUCCCAAGAGAUGAUGGACAUUAACUUACUGUUGGGCAUCAGACGGUCAUCUCGCCCGCUCAUCCUCUCAGACUUCUCGAUUGGAGAUGCAGAAGAAGCCAAUGGCACGAGUAUCAGCCGCACCGAUGAACAUGCCGAAUUCAAUGGUCCGAAGAGUCUGGAACGGAUUCGGCGGUUGACGGAGACGAUUUUGUCGGUCGACCGGCCAAGGAAGCUCUCCGGAAUGAUUUCCGAGGACCCUUUCUCGGGCAAGAUCCCAGAGUUCAAGUUUCUCCGGCUCCUCCAGGUCAACCAGCCCCCUGAUCCUCCGUCCUGGUUCCAGUGGCUCAACCACAUCGAUGUUGAUCAGGAUCUCGACAAGAUCACCCUCGAUUCUGUACCUGAUGAUGUUCUACAGGCCGAGCAAUGGGCCAGCCUUGCCCUACAACCACCUCAACAUCGCAGUCCAUCGCUUCAUCCAGCACACUCAAAAAGCCCACCAAGCGAUCAAGCUCUGAAAUCUCCCACAAAAAAAGACCAUACACUUGUAACUCCUGAUCAACAUCAUCUGGAGGGUGCAGGCCAAUCCGAUGAAAUUCGAUUUCAUCCGAUCAACGCUGGACUCGGCUUGUCUGAAUGUAAUCUACUGGAAUCUCAACUCCCAGAAUCUUACGACUUGGAAGAUAUUACAAAGUUUGUCAGGGCUGAGGAUCAAGAUUAUCUAUCUCAAUUUUGA